AUGAAGCUUCUAAUUUUGCUUUCUUGUGUCGCCGCAGUUGUUGUUUUUGCUGCUCCAUCGGCUCCAGGACUCGAGGAGAAGCUUCGUGCACUCCAGGAGCAGCUUUACAAUAUUGAGAAGGAGAAUGGAGUUGACGUGAAACAGCAACAACCGGCUGAAAGAGAUACUUUUCUCGGAUUCGUUCCACAAAAGAGAAUGGUCGCCUGGCAGCCAAUGAAGAGAUCGAUGGUUAACGAAGACUCGAGAGCCACACUUCUCCAUGCCAUCGAAGCUCGUCUUGCCGAGGUUCUUCGUGCCGGUGAGCGCCUCGGAGUCAAUCCAGAAGAGGUUUUGGCCGAUCUUCGUGGACGUAACCAAUUCCAAUAA